AUGUUCAACACUGCCCUGCCUACCAUGUUCAACACUCUCCCGGCAACCAUGUUCAACACUGCCCUGCCUACCAUGUUCAACACUGCCCUGCCUACCAUGUUCAACACUGCCCUGCCUACCAUGUUCAACACUCUCCCGGCAACCAUGUUCAACACUGCCCUGCCUACCAUGUUCAACACUCUCCCGGCAACCAUGUUCAACACUGCCCUGCCUACCAUGUUCAACACUCUCCCGGCAACCAUGUUCAACACUGCCCUGCCUACCAUGUUCAACACUCUCCCGGCAACCAUGUUCAACACUGCCCUGCCUACCAUGUUCAACACUCUCCCGGCAACCAUGUUCAACACUGCCCUGCCUACCAUGUUCAACACUGCCCUGCCUACCAUGUUCAACACUGCCCUGCCUACCAUGUUCAACACUCUCCCGGCAACCAUGUUCAACACUGCCCUGCCUACCAUGUUCAACACUCUCCCGGCAACCAUGUUCAACACUGCCCUGCCUACCAUGUUCAACACUCUCCCGGCAACCAUGUUCAACACUGCCCUGCCUACCAUGUUCAACACUCUCCCGGCAACCAUGUUCAACACUGCCCUGCCAACCAUGUUCAACACUGCCCUGCCUACCAUGUUCAACACUCUCCUGCCAACCAUGUUCAACACUGCCCUGCCUACCAUGUUCAACACUGCCCUGCCUACCAUGUUCAACACUCUCCCGGCAACCAUGUUCAACACUGCCCUGCCAACCAUGUUCAACACUGCCCUGCCUACCAUGUUCAACACUCUCCCGGCAACCAUGUUCAACACUGCCCUGCCUACCAUGUUCAACACUCUCCCGGCAACCAUGUUCAACACUGCCCUGCCUACCAUGUUCAACACUCUCCCGCCAACCAUGUUCAACACUGCCCUGCCUACCAUGUUCAACACUCUCCCGGCAACCAUGUUCAACACUGCCCUGCCUACCAUGUUCAACACUCUCCCGGCAACCAUGUUCAACACUGCCCUGCCUACCAUGUUCAACACUCUCCCGCCAACCAUGUUCAACACUCUCCUGCCAACCAUGUUCAAUACUCUCCCGCCUACCAUGUUCAACACUCUCCUGCCAUGGGCAACACAGCAAUUAAAAAGUCCGUAA